AUUUUUUUUUUCUGCUGUCACCCAUAGAGAACUUCCGCUAUGCGGAGUGUGCAACCCGAAAAUGAAGUUCCGAAAUUUUCUACUGUGAAGUAAUUGCAUCUCCGUGACGCAACUUGCAUCACCAUGGACGGCAAAAGCAUGGAUCAUCAAUCUGAGAACGGAGACACAGAAAAUGCAGAAGAGGGGACCUUGUUGCUGCAGCUACGCAAGGAGAAGGAAACGAUGGAGACAGAGUUUGGGCAGAAAAGGGCAAAGUUCAAGGAACUCUUCAUGCAAAAAGAAGAGGAGCUUCAGGCGGAGCGGCAGCAGCGAGAGGUCCUCGCAGAGAAGCUGCACGCACUUCAGAGGGACCUGGACGAGGCUCGGUCGCUCCUGCUGGUGGCCCAAUGCGAGCAGGAGAAUGAGCUCGAGGGUGAGCGACGCCGGCACAGGGAGGAGAUGGCCUCGCUGCAGCACAUCCUCAAGGAGAACACCGAGGAGGCCCUGCGCAGCUCGGGACGCUACGAGAAGGAGCUGGCGCGCUACAAGAAGCACUCCGAGCGGCUCGAGCAGGAGCUGCAUGAGCUCAGGGCCCAGCAGGCCCAAGACAGGGAAGGCGUGCUGGCGGUGGUGACGAAGUCCCUAAAGCAGAAAGUGGGCAAUCUCAGUCCUAACCCCUUUUCCUCUUCCAGCGACAGCUCCGUCGAGAACCUCGAGGAGAGCAUGCGUAAGGCACAAGAGGAUGCGGAAAUGCUUCGGUCUCUGGUGGUGCCCCUGGAAGAGGAGAUUAAGGCCCUGAAGGACAAGCUGCGAUCGACAGACGAGCAGCUGCACGUGUACGAGGCGGCCUUCACGGGCCUCGUCCACGGUCUCGGCUCUGGCACGCUCAGCGACGCGGUACGGGGUGGCACGCCUGCCGAAAUCCUCUCUCAUCUCGAUGACAAGCUGACCAGCUUGUUAAAGGGACUGCAGGCGGAGAAGGCAUCCCGCAGUGACUUGGAAAUGUACGUGGCGGUCCUCAACACCCAGAAGACGGUCAUGCAGGAAGACAUGGACCAGCUGCGCAAGCAGUUUCAGGAAGUGUGCAACUUGCUGGAACGAGAGAAGCGGGAGCAUGGCUGCCUGAAGCGCACGUGGCAGAUGGCCAACGACCGGUUCCUGGAGGCUCAGCAGGCCCAUGUGCGGGACCUGGCGCGCCUCCAGGCGGUGCUGACGGCCGACCAGCAGCGGCACCUGGCACACCUGCGCAAGGCUGACGUUCCGCCGAUGAGCCCCCGGAAGAAGGAGGGAGAGGCCACUGGCACGAACUCUGAGCUAGUCCCCUGCCCCCUGCAAGAACCUGAGCUGCAGGAGGCCCUGCAUUCUGUCUCUCCACUACCCGCAAGCAGCCCCAGGGUUCACUACAGGUUUACAGCAUUGGAGCCCCGGCUGUUCUCCAAAGCAAGCACACUCCCAGGAAGGAAGUCCAACGACCAGCGCCUGCGAAGCUCCCCAGCCGACCUGAAUGCCUGCAAGCCGCCUGCGACUCUCUCGGCGGCCAAGCAGAACCAUCGGCGAUCCCUGUCUAGCUCGGACCUGCCCUCCGAGACGGACAACUCUCUGUCCGUUCCGGCCAUGAAAGGAAUGGAGGACACUCGGUCGCUGGGCGACUACGGUGGGGCUGUUAUAGCUGGUGGUGGCAUCGGCUUGACAGGCGACCAACUUAGCGCACUCUCUGAUCGUCACACUAGCGACCCAUCAAAAGCCUAUGCAACGCCUGAAAUGGAAGCCCGGAAGUCCUUGAUGGAAGUGGCCCGCACAGAUUAUGAUGAUGGACUUGGUGUUGGCAAGCGGGUUGUCAGUGAUAAGGAAUGGAGGCUACUUGAAGAAGAGCUGAAGCGGCUGCGAGAGCGCCUCUGCCAGCCGUGCGAGAUGUGCAGCAACUACGAGCUGCAGUUGCAGCAGGUGCAGCGAGACCUGGACCGGCAUGCCAAGGAGCUGGGCACGGCCAGGCAGGACCUGAGCCGAGAGCGCGACCAUCGGCAGCAGCUCGAGCAGCGCUUUGCUGACUCGGCCACUGAUGUCCAGCACCAGGUGUCCGAGCUCCAGGCCCGCCUGGGGGCAUCCGAGGCAGCCCUGGCAGAGACCCAGCAGGCGCACGCCGAAGUUUCGCAGCAGGCAAACGAGGAGCUGUCCCGGCUGCAUGCUCAGCUGGUGAGCCUGCGGGACCAGGCCGAGCGGUUGAGCCACGAGAACCAGCAGCUACUGGGACGAUACGUGGCCAAGGCCAGGCAGCUGCAGGACCAGCCCAUCAAUCUGCCCGACUCCCUUGAGGAGCUUCGUUUCCAGUGCCUGCAGCUGCAGGAGGACCUGAUCAAGGUGCAGCUAGACAAAGAGACCCUAGAAGAAAACCUCCGGGGCCAGAUCCUAUUCCUGCGCGACCAGGCCAGCUCGGAGAUGAACUGCAAACAGCAGAUUGAGCGCACCCUCACCCAGGAGGCCGAGCAGCUACGCCGGCAGCUAGAUCUGCUAACGGGCGUUCGUGAGCAGCUGGAGAAGGAGCGGCAGCUCCGGGAGCAGAAGGAGAAGUGCCUGCAGGCAUGCGAGGCGCGGUUGGCCCAUUUGACGACCCAGCUGGACGAUCGGGUGGUCUCGCUGCAGAGAGGCCACGACCAGCUCACCACCACAAAGGAGAAACUGGAAGAAGAGGUUACGCGGCUGAGAGGUCGAGUGCAGACCUUGCAGAUGGAACUGGACAACAGCGAGGCAGUCCAACGGGACUUUGUCAAGCUGUCACAGUCCCUCCAGGUGGAGCUGGAGAAGAUCCGGCAGUCUGACAGUGAAGUCCGAUGGCAGCACGAAGAUGAUGUGAAUGAAUGCAAUGGCUGUAAAAAGGCCCUGCACUCUCGCAAGGAAAAGCCGCACUGCAACCACUGCGGGAAGAUUUUCUGCACCGAGUGUCUCGGCCGGGUGGUGCGGUCGGGUCCGAAGCUGCGCCCCUUCGCCGUGUGCAAUGUCUGCCACACCCUGCUUGACCGAGACACCGCACCCUACUUCAGCAGCGAGCCACCUCAGACUCCCAGCUAGGCGUUUCUUUCUUUUUUUUUCUGCCUCUCCCUCUCAUUGCACUUAUUCCACCUCAAUCAGCGGUGAAAAGCCGAGCACUCUCUCGAGAGGAAGAACUGGUGAACCGUUGCAUCGCCCCCACCUCCAGCAGACUGCGAUGCAAGGUUUUGGCACACUUUUGUCGCGAGGUUGCAGCAGCUGUAUGUGAUGUCAGAGGGUGUGUGUGUGUGUGUGUGUCUGUGUCAGGUUGGGUAGGUGGUGUUUCUCACGCCACGCAAGUUCUUCCAUCAUUGUUGCCAGACUCUGCCACGGAGUUUGGGUGCUACACUACCGCUGGAAGUGUUCCAGCCUUUGAUGCCACUCAUGCGCACGAGGUUCUAAAGAUGCUGAGAGGGCGGUUUGAAGGAAAGCAGGCGAGUUUCUGUGCUUAAUUCGGGUGGAAAAAAAAUUAUUUUAGCAGCUACAAGUCCUUGGCGGUGAUCUGCUGCCAGUAUCGCGUAAUUUCCGUUAUCUCGUUGCUCGUUUGUGAUGGCCUUGGGUGCCGUAAUAUGGCGUGACAAAGGGUGAGACCUGUACCACAAUUUUUUUUCUUCUGCGUUUCGUAAGAAAAGGGCCAUGCAUGGUGCGGUGGGUGCAAGGAUAUUGUGGAUUCAAAUGAAUUUAUGGGAUUGGUGUGUCUAAGUGUGGAAAUGACGUUUGCUCGCUAUAAUACACGGCCGUUGGUAACACUAGACAUAGGCACUCCUAGUACUCGCGCAAGCAUUCCAUCAGCUCGAGCAUUCGUCUUUGGCGGCAUCUCGUCAAAUGUGACCCCAUCGUGCAUAUUGUGAGACAUGGGCAAAAUGUCGUCAAACUUGCGUGAACCGGUUUUUGUGAUGGACAAACGCGUUUAUAGGAACACCGCGGCUUUUACGAAAAUGCAGGGAAACAGUGGUGGUGGUUUGUGUAUACAGACGAAAGAUGAAGGUUAGAUGUACAGAAUCACUGUUGGCAAACCGUUCUAGGUCAGCUGAAGCUCAUACAGUUCUCGAGAGGCAUUCAUGCCCGCACGUUUGUGCACCUGUUACUGAUCUACUGUUAGGAUGAACACAUUUAACGAUGGCACGGUGAAACACUAUUCAUCGAAGUGCAUUUCUGAGCUGUUAUUUAUUCCUUAGUAUAGAAACGGUUACUUCUAGUGAAGCUCACUAUUUAUGUUUACGAGUUGGGUGCUGGUUCCGCAACGUGGUAUGUAAUUUAGGUCUCGUAUAUGCUUGCGUUAGAAACUGGCUUGGAGAUUGUAUUGCCAGUCGUGCCGUUUUUUAUUUUUGGAUGUUCGGCAUUAUUGAAGGACUCAAAUGUAAUGCGGAGUGUAGGGUUCUUUGAUCUUGCUGGCGAGAGAUGGCCUGGAAGAGUGUGUGAUGGUUUUGUUGGGCAGCUCCAAAGAUAUCAUGUUUUAUCUUAAAAGAAGGGGAUAAGAGUGGAACUGGUCAGAAAAAAAAAAAAGAGAGGAAGUUUGAUCCUGUUUAUAGGUAUUCAAAUGUGUAAAUAAGCACUGCGUGCAUGGUGUGUUAAUAUCGGUGUGGCGGGUGUAAUCGCCGAUUGUCGUGGACCCACGCUUGCUCCGUCUUGAGUUCCUCGCAUUUUGCAGGCACAUUCGCUGUCAAGGCUGUGCAACCAGUUGUGUAUGCUGGUGCGCAAUAUUCCUGGUGAAAAAAAAAAACAUUUUUUAGCCAUGCAUCCCUUUUCAAAAGUGUUCAGGACGGUGGGUGCAUGUUACUAUAGGUGACCCUGUGUUGUACACUGGGGUGUUCGCAUUGUAUUCUCAGAACUCCAGUGCUCUCUUGAGUCUGGAGUGCUUGAUUUCUGGGCCUUCAACUUGUGCUGGUUGCAGAUGACUAAAAUGGCAUACUCUAGACAAAGGGCACAGAUGCCCUGCCCGGCCUCUCUGCUAACUUCUGCACACCUAAUCAUGACAUCCAUAGCAAAGAAUGAUAUUCUAACAUAUGAUUUUAAGAAGUGUAAUUUUAAUUUUAAUCAUGCGUAGUACAGUACAUGUAAUGCUGACUUGCUGGAAAUGUGCGUAAUGGCAAGCUGUCCCGUGUUUUGUUCAUGUAAUGUCAUAAAGAAAAGUAAGACUGAGCAUUUUUUCAAUCUUGAAAUGGGGAACAGUUAUCGUUCACUGUAGUUUAAGGUGUACUCAACUAAGAACAUCAAUUGGAAGUGAUAAAGGCAUCCUUACUAGUCGAUGCAAAAGCAGAGGAGUCAAAACCAAAAGGGUGAUGGGUGUGGGAGAAGAUUCAUCGUCGUUAAGCAUGGAAUUUCAUGGCACCGUCACGUUUUAUGUACGUGAACACUGGCACAACAUCGUGAGAACCUGGCUUAUAACAGCCAUGUUCACGUUUCAUAGCUAUUUCUUUCCUAGUGACCCCGGGGGCAGAAACGUUUCAUUGCUUGGCUGGACUACUCGUACUGUCCUGGUUGUGCAGAUUUCACCCGUGCCUGUGUCCCAGCUUUGUCGGUGCAUUCGUGUUAUCAUUUCGCAAUAUUCGCACUGUGUUUCUGUGUCCUUAGUUCUCAUUUUGAAGUCGUUUUGGGAAGGUUCGCUUGUGACAUCCUCUGCAGGUGACCCAGGUGGGGGCUCCAUGCAAUUGAUGAUGAUCAUGAUGACGUCGUUCUUUGACUUGUGCAUGCUGCAGUUACAAAUCUGUGUUGUCCUUUCAAAGCAGAGAGAAGCGUGCGAGAGUCAUUGUCAGUAAGGUAAUGAAAUGCUUUGUUUCUGUUUUCCUUUUAUAAGUGCUUGCCUUUUAUUGAGUUUUUCUGGUAGUUGAAUGUUAAGUGAAAGAUCUGCUGUGGUGCGUUUGCAAGGGCUAUCACUUCGUUUGUGGCAUAACUGGUAUAUGUAUGUUAUAUAGCAGAGCGAAAGAAUUGGUACACGUACGAAAAAGUAAGUGUAAGUGAAGACACUUUUUCGUACGUGUGCUGAUUAUUUCCCUCCAGUAUACAAAAACGAAAUCCAGAGCUUUGUUUUAUUAUAUGUAUACGUAUGUCCCAGUUAUGCAACAAAAGAAAUAUUACAGAACAUUAAUCUAUAGGAGUAUGCACGGAUGUCAUCGUCGGCACCAUAGUCCCGAACAAAUAGCACAGCAACAAUCUGUGCAUUGUCGCCUCCAUUCACUCAUCUACAGAAGGGUUGUGGAAGGUGUGCAAUUAGGACAACAAUAAUGAUGUCUGUGAUGUCACACGAACACUACCUAGCGUGAGAUCCUCACUUAAAAGUUCACACUAAAAAAUUAUGGCCCAUAAUUAAGCUUAUCUUUAACAUAAAAAAAAAAGAAAGUGACUGGAUUAUAAAUCUUUCGAAAUAAGUUACGCAGCUGUACAAAUAAUGCACCUGGUUUGGCAUUUCGUGUCGCAUGAAGAUGUUGCUUGAAACUUCUGUUUGGGCAAAAUGAAAAGAAGCACUUGAAGGAAGAGAUAUUCAUCGCAUUGCAGUGUGACUGGUAGUGCUCCUCUAUGGAAGGUUGAAAAGCUUAUGCAUAACAAAACAAAACAAAAAAGCUGCCCCUGUAAGGCAGUGUCCUUAAGGGCCUGCGAGGGUGGCUUAUGCUUCUCUUGUCACUUGUAAGGUCAUGCCAGUCCAUUCUCAACUUUGCAUCUUUUAAAAAAUCUUCUUAGCAUCUCCAACUUUUUUCUUAUCUUUUCUGUGUGUGUGUGGUUCUUACCAAUUUUUAGAAACUUUUUGAUAGUAUGAGUGUUGGUGUAGUGCAGCAGAUGCACUGUGUGCAUAGACAGUGAAUGCUUUUAGCUUUUGUCUUUGUUAAGCUCUCUAGAAAGAAAUUGCUUCUUUCUCUCUCUCUCACUCUUUUUAUUUUCUAUUUGCGUUUUAAUUGGGCUGAAACAGCUCUAUGUCCUCUAAAGGCGCAUGUACUCCAUCCACACAAACUUAAAAUGCGUACAAGUUGCAAUCAGCAAACGCACCUUUUGCGUUUUUCCCAUUUUCCCUCAUUUGUGAGAUGGGAGCAGGACAGGAGCAGACAUAAUGGUUUUCAGGCAGCACUGUGUUCACUGUUUCACUGUUUCAGGGACUGCGCAGAGAUUGUACAGAGCUAAAAAAUCGAAACACUAACGAUUUUAAAACUACUCCAAUUCAUUGUCUCAUUUCCAGGUUUGCCUGUAUUUGUAACAACAGCUUCAUUCAGGCUCUAUCACAGUCACUUAAGACUAUUCUAUACUUAGAAACCAUCUACUGCAAUUGCGCAUUGCUCUUAUAUGUAAUUACAUGCAAAAGGCAUUAUUGCUAUUCGUGUUUCAGUUUUUGAGCACUGUUUGUCAUGCGGUCACUCAUGUAGAACAUUGUUUAAUUAACUUUUUUUUGCCCGGAGCUGGUUGCGUAAAGUAUUUUGCUCGCAGCUAAAUUUAACUGCAGAUAAGGGCCUUCGCAUAGUCAAAAGUUAACACUUGUGAUGUACCAUUAGCGCAAGAUGAAACACGAACAAUAAAGAAGUAAUUUGGACUCUUGCGACACAAGUUGCCCAUUGGACAUGAUAGUCCAAUGGGCAACUUUCUCACGGGCGGCUUCAAAGCUUUGUGUAGCCCCAAAUCUUGCUGUGACAAAACAGUCGAACAAGGAAACGCAACAGAACAUGCUAAUCGCUUCCGGCUUCACGUUUCAAUUUACGCUGAUACCAGUACAUUCUUUGUGUCUUUAUGGCCUCUGUUAUUUAGCAAAAUCGAAAAUUUGCAUAGAAAGUCGUAGAAUGGCAAAGGUUUGACACUUGUAAAACUUCUUGCGUUGGUAACUUAACAGUUUAAUAUGAAUGAAGUGAGUGAUAUGGAUUAACUUGCCCUAAGUAAAGAUAAUGCUUUGUACGAGCAAUCCCUGUUUGCAUUUCAGUCCGUUUCUGGCAAGUAUAUUUUACAUAAGCGUACAAACUUAGCGGCUGGCUUCCUUCUUACAUUCUCUUUUUUCUUUUUCUAUUUUGGGUAGCACGGUCCUUCUAAUUUGUCUGGCAUGGAAACUUCAGGGCACCUAUGUUUUGAUGAGCAUGUGGUACGAAAUACUGUACUAAAGUACUCACAUUUGUUUCGCUGCAAAAAGCUUCUUGCGGCCCGACAGGGCCAUUACAUGAAGCGUUGUAGCAGAAAAAGGUGGGCCGAUGCCACGCUGUAACGAUGUAGUCUGGUUUAUGGACAGCACAGCAAGUAACAAGUUCUGAAAGUCCAUUUCUCAGAGUGUGUACCAGGCCUGCAGAUGGCCACAGAAGAGCCACUUGUUUUGAAAGAAAACACUAAACUAGAGUGUUGUCUUUAAAUAUUUUAGUCAAGUAAUUUUGCACCAUUUUGGUAUUAAUAGGCACAGUAUCAUUUAAUCAUCUAUGCCAUCCGUACUGGUGGCAUUAUGUCAGUACCGAGGAUUUGUUGCUAGCUCAGUGGCUGUCAUUGUUGAGCAGCCUCAAGCUCGUCACAAAGCUUUGGCAACUCGUUAUAGCUGCAUUAAUCUACAGUUAACGGAGUCAUCACACAUUGUGGCAUAAUAAUGCAAAGUGUGGUAACGGAGUUCUUAAGAAAGUUAUUAAUGUUGGCAGAAGCAAGACUUGAACAUGAAACUGCAGCAAUAUUGUGCUCUCGAAUGGCGUCACGUUUUUUCUUGUGCAAAUUUAGCACGCAAUAUUUUACUUUUUGGGUGUUUUUGUCUCACACAGAGCAGAUGAUCUGCAUUCUUGUUUGUGUACAGAACAUUUAGACAAGGACUUUGAUUCAUUGAACUUCAAUCAUGACUCGACUCUGUUCACAGACAUUGCUGUUUUUAUGUUUCCUUUAAUUAAGAACAGAAAUCGAUGACAGCAGUUAAGAAUUUUGGCAUUUUUCUGCAUCUUUAGCUUCUUGAAGAGACACAUUUAUUAAUUUUUUUUAUCUCUGAGCACACGAGUCUCAACAGGUGCUCGGCACCUUGUGUAUCGCACCUUUGUAAUGGCAAGUCCAAAAUUUUCGGGGACGAGGGAGAAGACAUCAGGAAGAAGGAUAAUGGAUACAUUGCUGUGUUCAUGGAAACAUACAAUUCAAUGCAUCUUCACUGUAAGCGCUUUUGUGGCUGUGUGUAAGUGUGGGUCAACAAUCGAAUCUUGUCUUGCAGUUAUUUCUGGAAUGUGCAUUUAUGGUGGCCAUUCUUUUUGGCUAUUGUGCUUGCGCUUUCAAAUAGUAGGACGUUGACCGAAUGGAAAACUGUACCUCAGACGUUUCCGCUUCUGCCGACCUUGCCCAUGGCUCUCUGAUGGUUCCAAUUUGAAGUGCUACCUAUGCUAAAGCGAGGUACUGGUUCAGUGUUUCUAAAUUACCUUGGCAGUUACCUGAAUUGCAGUGUCCCUUGCACAUGUGACCUCGUUGUGUUGCCCUUUGCUUCCGCUGAGCAAGGACCCUCGCUUGCGCCACCAAGCGGCAGACAACGGAGAGAGGACGUCGUGCGUGACGUGGCCUAUGAGGUUGCAUGCGUAUUCCCAAUCUCUGAGGCCUAGAGCAUGGCAGAGAUUAACAUGUGGUAGAUAAACAGUGCACAAAAAUUCGACGUGGAUGUGAAAAGGAACAGGUGAUGUCUAACGCAUGGUAUUUAUGACAUGUUUCCAGCUCUUGAAUUGCUUCCGGUGCAUGCAGCCAGCAAAGGCACAGCCUUUGAGAGAUCUGCUACUGUUACACACAGGCGAUGAUUGCUGAGGUGUGGAUUUGGACGCCACCUGUCGAGCAAUUAAGGCACUGAAGAUAGCGCUUGUGUUGUUCAGUCACUUCUUGUGCCUGUAUCUUAAUUCUCCACGCCGUUUCUCCAUUAUGAUGUUGUAGUACCGCACCCAGUUUUCAAGUUGAGAUAGUUGACACGGUACUUGAAAGAUUGAACGAUCAGUCGAAGCCAGUGUCGGGGGUCAUGCCACACGCGACCACCACUCUGCAUUGUCUGCUUCUUCGUGGCGGCGUGCACAAGAAAAUAUGCCCGCUGAGUACGGAAGGCCAUGAAAAUCACACAGAGCCAUGCUUCUGUGUGGCUUUAAGGCAGAGUUUGGAACGUUGACACAGUAAUCCAGUUACUUUGAGACUGGAUUUUGUGGACUUUGGUCGUGUUCACAGUAUUGUGCGAGGUAGUGGACUGUACAUACACAAUGCGAUAGCAGAAUCUUUAUUUUGAGGAGCUAUAUAUGAGGUCGGUGCACACGCAUUUUUAGCUCUGUCGUUUCGAUCUUGUUGCUCAUUUGCUUAAGCAUAUGCUAUGUAUUGAUUGCUCAACUGUUAUGUCAGGUUGAUUGUUGAAUGCGGUGGUCUUUCAUUUGUUUCUCUCUUUAAAUGAAAAUUGCAUACAUUUAUUUCUCUUCACAAACGGCUCAGCUGCUCUAAAUUGCUGCAUGUUUGUAUUCCAUUAGAUUUUUUUUUUUUUUUUUGUAAAUAGAGCAUUACAGAAGUUUUGUGACGAAGUCUUUCCUGUACCGGAGCAUGGAAGUGGGGCUGAACUCGAGUUGCAGAAUGGCGAUUUUGUCGAGAGAGGCGUUCUGAACCACUGGCGAUGUACAGCCGAGACAAUACAAUCUAGGAAAUAUGUAUUAUUUGAAAGAUGCACAUCUGGCUUGUGUGUGGAACAGCAAACUUCUAUCAGCUUUGUGUCGUGUUGUAGCCGAGAUGUGCAAUUUGGGUGUGUUUUCUAUUUUGUUUGUGCUUUAUUGCGACUGUAAAUAUGUACAGAAUGAAAAUCAAGAAAGAAAAAUUGUUCUCUGUGCA